UUCAUCCGGCUGCAGCAAGCCCUCUUCAAACCGUGGAAGCGCAGGAGGCAGGCAGCAAUGGAGAAAAUAAGUGAGAAGCUCCUGCUGGAGAGAGGCUCUCCAAAAACCAGCAAACUGGAGCAAAUCAAGACGCUCAAUCUCUCCAAGCUGGGGCUGAAACAGCAGGACCUGCCGGUGAAGCUGCUGUCUCGCCUUCGCUCGCUGGAGCGCUGGGAUCUGUCCGGGAACCGGUUGAAGGAGUUUCCGAAGAGCUUGCAGCUGCCCGCGCUCCGGUGCCUCGACCUCAGCGACAACCAGAUGGAGGACGUGACCACGCUGGAGGGCCUGGGCGGCCUGGAGGAGCUCAGCAUGGAGGACAACCUCUACGUCACGGUGAGUGAUAACUACAAGCUGAUGGUGCUGUUGCCCAAGCUGAGGAUUUACAACGGCAAGGACGUCACGGCCAACGCCAACCACUUGCGCUUCGUCUACAGCGACAACCUGCUGACCAGGAUCGUGGCGGUUUGGGAGAAGAGCUUCUGUCUUCCGGAUCCCGUCACAGAGCGGGAGAUGUCGGCUCUGGAGAGCAGCUUCGUCGCUGCUGCCCGACAGCAGGUGAAAUACGGACCCAGCUCCGUCAGCGACUUCACCAGAUGGAGGGUGGAGAUCCUCGCCAAGGAGUAUCUGCACUGCCUGGAAAAACCCCGAGAAGACGAAGAGAGUAGGAAGACGACUCGGACUGCGAAGAGCUGUGACGGCUUAACGCCCGCCAAGAGGAAACACCCCGACCCGGAGACGAACCCGGGCGUCAGCCUGACGCCCCUGAAGAAGCUGCGCUCCGCCCUCCCGGCCGCCUCGCCCCAGGAAAGCCCUCUCCGGUCCCCCGGCGUCCUCCUCAGGUCUCGCACGCCGGCGCAGCCCGACGGCGGCGUCAGGAUGAGCCCCCGCAAGGCCAUCCGGCCCCCGGCCGCCCCCGCCGGGACGGAGACGCCCGGCAGACGCUCUCAGGCCUCCAGAGAGGAGCGGGCGAGCCAGCAGGGCGGCGCUAAAGCUGCACAGCUGCAGAGAGACGCCGGCGCCACCCUGCUACCGAAGACACAGCCGGUGCGUUUGAAGCCGCUGCACGUCCUCCAGUGCCACAGCAAGCAGGACAGCGCCGACGACUUCUCCACCCAGCUGUGGGCCUGCGCCUUCCAGCCGCCGCCGGCCUCCUCGGACGGCGGCGGCGGCGGCCGGCUGGUGGCCACCUGCGGAGGAGACUCGCUCUGUGUGAUCGACUGUGAAGCUGGGAUGGUGAUGAAGAAGUACAAAGUCCCUGGAGAGGAGUUCUUCACGCUGGCCUGGUCCACCGUGCUCAUGUCCAGAGGGCAGAAGGCUUCGGCUCAGCCCUGCAGCAUCCUGGCGGCCGGGGGGAAGAGGGGCCUGGUGAAGCUCCUCCACCCCAGAAACAACGUGGCGUACGGCGAGUUCCGGGCCAGCCGCAAGGCGCUGUCCAUCCUGCGGUUCAGCCGCCACCAGGGGAACUUCCUCUUCGUGGGAUCGUACGAUAAUAAAAUCGGGAUGUGGGACAUCGGGGGGCUGGACAGCAAGUACAACUUCAGAGCGGUGCAGCUGUUGACGUUAGAGACCAGCUCCACGCCGCUGCAGGUGUGCCUGCCUCCCACGCCGCCCGGCGCCAGCCUGCUGAUGGCCGGCGAGGACGGCCUGUUCUGCUACGACACGCGGCUCGGCGCCGUCAACUCCUCCAAGAGUCGCUCGAAGGACCUGGAGAUCACGUUCCCCAAAAGUAAGAAGGAGGACAAAAACGGAGACGACCUCACCGUGGACGGACUGAGUUUCCUCUCAGAUGAUAUCGUCGCCUCCAAGAACUGCAUGCGCGGCUGCAUCUACCUGUGGAGCUGGAGCAGGACCCGGGCUCAGCGGCCGGACAGGAAGCGGCGGGCGGUGUGCGCCGUGCUGCUGGCCGAGCUGCAGUGGGCCGACACCGACGUGCCCUACCUGGCCCUCUGCACCUGCCCGGGCCGGGCCUACGUGGCGUGCGGGGACGACGAGGGCCGGGUGUGGACGUACCACGUCAGCGGCCUGGAGAGCGGGAAACGCAUCAAACCCACCGAGGUUCUGGAGUGGCCGGCCCCGCUGAGGACCGGCCGGGGCCCGGUGGACGGCCCCUCCAUCAACAGCGUGGCGGCCGACCCCGAGCUGCGCUACCUGGUGGCGCUCAGCGACAGGAACAUGGUGAUCGUGUGGAAAAGAGAGGACGGCCCGUGAGGGGCUGAGGCCCGCUCACAAAUGAUGUUACACAAAACAGACUGGUUUGCUCCAGAUGUCGGUAACGUUCCAAGAUUUGUCAGACGACAUAUUUUCUGUUAUGUUGUCUUCACAGUGUGUGAAGGAAAAGUGAGUUCAGAAUAGAAUCUGUUUUUGAAGUUGUGUAAAUUUGCUGCUGCUUGUACCUUAUUUACUGAUCUGUUGUUACAAGUCUGUACAGUUAUUCAUCAGGAUGUAGCAACUGUUUGAUUAAUCGGGUAAUUUAAGAAUUACUAAAUUGAGUUGAAUUGAUUUCUAAUUGAGUUUAUCCUUUUGUGAUACUUUGAUUGCUUGGCAUUUGGCCAUUUUAAAAGCUGAAAAGAUGUGAAGUUAAAAAUGUAAUUCCAUGUUUUUCAUUUGAAAUGUUAUUUUUCAAGUUAUAUGCACAGUAUUUUGUUUUGUGCAGUUUUUUUAAUACCUUGCUUUCAGCUAAACAGGACAAAGUGAAUAUAAAACAAGACAAAAAGCUUCUUGUUGAGGGGUGUAAUGGUAUAAAUGACAGAAAGAUUCUUCUGACUGUGAAUUUAUCUUUUACUAAAAACUGCUCCAGUCAGCAUGUGUUUUUCUGUUUGUUUUUUGGUUUUCUGAGAUAUCAGCUGGAUGUCUAAUAUGUUUUGUAAUAAAUACAAACACCGAA